AUGCGUUCUCAAUCAACCUGGGUCCAGCUCACUGUGGGGCUCCUGCUCUCACAUCUGAGAGGAGUCACAGACACUGGGCCAUGGCUCUGUCAGCCAGUGCCCAGCUACGGGGACCAGCCCUACAACCCCCUGGAGCAGUGCCAUGACGAUGACACCGUGAUGCCCCUCAACAGGACCCACCUGUGUGGCCUGCACUGCACCUUCUGGCCAUACUUUCAGCGCUGCUGCCUCGGGCAGUCCUCAGGCUCCCAGAAGCGGGCGGUGGUUAGUUCCAAGGAGCACCUGACCCGCCAGUCCUCUUACAGAAUGGAAUUCACCUGGACCAUCCUAACGGGCAGAGGCACAAGUCACCUCCGACUGUGA